AUACUUGAUCCUGUGGUCACGCUGUGAAAUAAGGAACGUCUUUCCCAUUUGCUAAUUUUGCAAAGCAUAUAGACAUUUGCUGAACGAGUUAAAACUGAAAUUGUUCACAGGAGUUCUCAAAAGGAGAAAUAUUUUAGAAUCAUCCUGGACUCGUAAGCAUGUCGAAACAUCCACGGAGGAAAAGCUUAUAUCCAAUUUAUGGAUCUGAAAAAUCUGAAAAAUGGAUAACCGAGUAUGAUGAGAAGUCAGAUCUUUUACUGCAGGAUAAAACAUCGCCUGCCAGUGGGAGUCCAACAUCCCGAGUGAAGCGGUACGGAUCACUGGACCUCUCGUCAUCACCAUUUUUAGGACUUGAUUUGGAUAAGCAAAAAUAUGAAGACAUUUCAAAAGUUAAAAUUGUUGAACCAGCCAAAGAGCAAGCCAAGGAAUGGGACAAGGAUGAAGAGUUUGACCAUAUUUUACCUUUGCACCAGAUUGCGAGUCGCUAUUGCACCGAUCUUAAAAAUGGCUUAAAUGAAGAACAGGUAUUGGAAAAUCGAAUCCGAUUUGGGUCAAAUGUCCUGGUGUCACCCCCAAAGAAAUCAAACCUUGCGAAAUUCAUGACUUGUUUACUCGGAGGACUAAAUGCUCUUUUACUGGCCAGUUCUGGCCUCAGCUUUGCAAUUUAUGGAAUUCAAUUAGCAUAUGAUGGAUCACCAAGUAAUGAUGAUCUAUAUCUUGGAAUAGCUUUGAUAAUAGUUGUCCACGUCUCUGGCCUGUUCGCUUUCUAUCAAGAAUUCAAGUCAAACAAAAUUAUGGAAUCCUUCAAGAGAAUGGUUCCUUGCAGAGCCCACGUUUUUCGUAAUGGGGGAAUUAGGGAGGAAAUUUCAGCAGAGGAUUUGGUAGUUGGAGAUAUCGUCGAUCUAAAAUCUGGAGAUCUUAUCCCUGCUGAUGUUCGCAUAAUAGAAGCUCAAAAUUUCAAAGUGGAUAACUCGAGUCUCACGGGAGAGUCGGAAGCCCAAAAAAGAACGCCAGAGUGUACCAAUUCUGAUCCAAUGGAAACAAAGAAUCUCGCAUUUUUCUCCACGAACGCUAUCGAAGGUGUUGCAGUUGGUUUAGUGGUUCGUACCGGGUCCAAAACACUCAUGGGCCGAUUGUCAACACUUUGUUCGAGUGUUGACAGUGGACAAAGUCCGAUAGGAAUAGAGAUGGACAGGUUCAUAUUAAUUAUGACAAUACGAUCUUUUGUGAUUGGAGUGGUUUUCUUCUGUAUUGCAAUUCUCAUGGGGUAUCGUUGGUUGGACGCCAUCUUUUUCAUUAUCGGAAUCAUGGUCGCGAAUAUUCCGGAAGGACUUUCCGUUACUUUUACCAUGAUAUUAUCCCUUACGGCGAAAAGAAUGGCUGGGAAGAAUUGUUUGGUGAAACAUCUGCAAGCCGUGGAAGCGUUAGGAUCUACCUCAGUCAUUUGCAGUGACAAGACUGGUACACUCACGCAAAACAAGAUGACCGUUAGUCAUUUAUGGUUCAAUAACGAAGUACACGUUUCUGAAACGAGCGAAAGACGAAUCGGGGCUCUAUUUGAUAAUGAAAAUCCAGGAUUUGCAGCAUUGUCGAAUGUCGCUGCCCUCUGUUCAAGAGCAACUUUCAGACCAAAUCAAGAAUUUGUGCCUACUCAUGACAGAGCUGUUGAGGGUGACGCUUCAGAAGCAGCUAUUCUAAAAUUCAUGGAAUCUCAAUACGGUGAUGUUCUCGAGUACAGAGCACAGUAUCCUAAAGUAUCGGAAAUACCGUUCAACUCGACAAAUAAGUUUCAAGUUUCUGUUCAUGACAUGAAAAAUGCUCAAGAUCCAAGACUGCUUCUUGUCAUGAAGGGUGCUCCAGAGAAAAUAAUUAGUCUAUGCACCACAAUCCAAGUGAAUCAUGAAGAGGUUGAACUGGAUGAUGCAUGGAAGGCCAAAUUUGAAGAGGUAUAUGCUCAAUUGGGAAAUUACGGAGAACGUGUGUUAGGAUUUUGUGACCGACUCCUCCCCACCGAAGAUUUUCCCCCAGAUAACCCAAAUAUUGACACCGAGCAUCCUGAAGGAUUCUUGUCAUUGGGGUUCCGUUUUGUUGGACUAAUUUCCUUAGUAGAUCCUCCAAAAUACAAUGUUCCUGAUGCUGUUCGAAGAUGUAGAUCUGCAAAGAUAAAAGUCGUAAUGGUCACAGGAGACCACCCCCUGACGGCAGCAGCAGUGGCACGUUCAGUAAACAUAAUUUCAGAAGGAAAUCAUACACGAGAAAGUUUGGCUGCGCUAAAAAACAUUCCAGUCGAAGAUGUGGACCCAUCUGAAGUGAAUGUUGCCAUUAUAAGUGGCACAUCUUUGAAAUCAAUGACACCAGAAGAAUUAAAAGAAGUGCUGAGAUCUCAUGAGGAAAUUGUGUUUGCAAGAACUUCGCCAGAACAGAAAUUUACGAUAGUAUCAGCAUUUCAAGAUCUUGGAUACAUUGUUGCAGCGACUGGAGAUGGUGUGAAUGACUCUCCUGCAUUGAAGAAGGCAGAUAUUGGUGUAGCAAUGGGCAUCUGUGGGACCGAGGUCAGCAAAGAGACCUCAGAUUUAAUUCUGAUGGAUGACAAUUUCGCCACGAUUGUUACUGGGGUAGAGGAGGGACGACUUAUCUUCGACAAUUUAAAAAAGCUUAUCCAAUACACGCUGGGCGACAAUUGUGCGGAAUUAUACUGCGUGUGGGUGUUUAUCAUUUUGCGAGUUCCACUCCCACUUGGGACAAUUGCUAUGUUACUCAUCAUGUUAGGAACGGAUGUGAUGCCAGCUAUAUCCAUCGCACAUGAAACAGCCGAAGCUGAUAUUAUGAAGUUGAAACCCAGAGAUCCAAAAACUCAAACUUUGGUCACUCCACAACUCCUAUCCUACACUUAUGGUCAAACCUCAGUCAUGGAAUUCGUUGCAGGAAUGUUUUCAUACUUUUACAUAUUUGCAACAAACGGAUGGCUUCCCCUGGAAAUGGUGGGCAUUGAGCAGAAAUGGGACUCUGUAGCGAUCAAUGAUUUGCCAGAUUCAUAUGGUCAAGAAUGGAGUUAUGCGGCUCGACAAGAUUUAAAAAUAACGGCGCAAACUGCAUCGUUCGUUGCGAUAGUUCUGAUGCAAGUGGCGAAUGUUGUCUGCUGCAAAACCAGACGGAUGAGCAUUUUCCAAAAAGGAUUAGACAACAUGAAUAUGAACUUGGGAGUAGUGUUCGAAAUCAUGCUCGCCUGCUUCUUCAUCUACACCCCCGUUCUUAGUCAUGGGCUCAAGUUUGCAUAUCUUAACCCAUUAGAGUGGCUUCCCUCCAUCCCAUUUGCCAUUCUACUAUUCCUAUACGACGAACUUCGACGGUGGGCCAUUAGAAAAAGUUUCGACGAGAAGGGGUGGGCUUAUCAAGAGUUAUACAGCUAAAUGCGGGGUGAGACGGUACAUGAUAGAGUUUGGCUAGCUACAUAUAACGUAUGCACAUUUAAAAUAUAUAUCAUCGCGUCUUGCUGUACACGUAUGUAAAUAUGGUCUUCAAAAUGUAAAUGAAAUUCUUGACACUGAAAUGAUGUGGACACGAGUUCUACGAGCCUGCACAUUAUUGUAAAGCUUAUGUACUGAAAAUGUACUUCAUUUGAGUGAGCUUUUCUAAAAGUUGUUGUUAUUGUUGCACUAAAUGAAUUCAUUAUUGUGUGGUAAAAGCUACGUUGAGAUAUAAUUAAACAUUACCUGAUUAAGUAGGUCUCUUCCUGAGACAGCAAAGUAGAAAGAGCCCGUCAAAAGGAAAACUCUUUUUCACUAAUUUUGAUAUAUUCAAACUGUAGAAUAUAACCGUUAGUUUUAUUUUCCUUAUUGUAACACCACCCUAAAAAUGCUUUGAUUUAAUAUUCCGAUGUUUCUCAUAAAAAAUUACGAUGUCAUUUUUAGCUCUCAUUCUCAUCCAUCCAUCACCAUGCAGUAGUAGCAUGUCGAAUCUGCAAAUGUUGACGUCUGGUUUCGGUUUAGUUGAUUUAUCGAAAGUAAAAUUACGUUUUCUUCUCAUUCAGACUUGUACAGGAAUCCGUUGUGUAGUGAAUGGUGCAAUAUUUUGAAUAAAAAUAAUAAUUGUUCUGUGAUAA